AUGCAUCCACUGUCUCAGAACCUCGACGCGCAAAGAGCCUCUGUCGACAUCCUAGACUCUCCUCGUCCCGUGCUCUCGUCAUUAAGUACCCAUACCUCGGCUCCUGCAUCACCGGCGCUUUCUCUAUACUCGGUCGUCGGACACAGUCGCGUCUCCAGCUCUGUCUCGUCCUUGGCCUCUCCAGUCGGCCUAGGUAAUAUGGAGAGCGCAAGUCGGAGUCAUCUCGCGGGUGUGAAAGAAGAACUUCCUCCGCGAGACUCGAUGGAAGAUCAAUAUUUCCAACAUUUCGAAUGUAGUAUUCCAACGACCGACGAGUCUUACUUGCCUAUGGACGAUUCCGCUGGAUACACGAUGAGCGACUCGGGAUUGGAACUUUGGGAUUCGCCUCCGAAACGCCGCUCCGACAGCGUGUCGGCCAAGUCGAUUUCGCGCGUUGGAUCGCAUGUGUCGACGGUCUCGGCGCGAUGGAAGCCCAGGCGCGCCUCCGGAAGCCCCGAACGAGAACCACCCAUGGACGAUAUCCGAUCGCGCGCCGACUCGGCCACGUCUUCAGCGUUGGCGAGCUCUUUUAUCGCCCCGUCCAUCAGUCGCAUCAACUCCCAUGUCCCUCCCUCCCCCGCGCAGACCAUCUUUGAGGAGCGCCUCAAUAAUUCAGGCGUCCGACCUAUUGAUAUCACUCGUGCGAACAGCAUGAGCCAGCAGCAGCAGGAGAAUGAGGAGGAUGAUCUCCAAGCGACCACCCCUCUGCUUCCCCCACUUCUUGGGGACGAUCUCUUCAGCACGGCGGCGUCGCGUGUUCAGUCCCCACUCCAGUCGCCCUCCGUCGCAGAUGUGAGCGAGAGCGCGUCCUAUGCCGUCAACUCAGAGCCUCGUUUCAUGACGGUGUCGGGUAUACCUUCCCCGCCGCUCUCCUCCAAGCCCUCGAUGGCGUCUAUCUCGCGACCCCGGGCGGGCACGGUCCGCACCGUCUCGGGCGAGGCCGCCCCGUUCGUCCUCACAGAUCCUAAUGAUGUGUGGGCAUCCAAGUUGGGACACGCCAACUUCACCAUUCAACCCGAGCCGUACGUGCCCGAAACGUACGAUCUGGAGCACUUUCAGCAGCUUCGCUCGGACUGGGAUCUUGCUCGGUGUAACUUUGCCAAGCACUUGGUCCGCACGGGUGAACAUUAUGGGGUGACCUCCAACAUCUACAGACUCACGGGUCUGAAAUGGGAGUCCAUUGACCGAGAAUGGCGAGCCCAACACGAGGCCAUCCUUAGUGCAUUGGGUUCGGUGGACGGCGUCGCACUGACGCUGACCUACACCGAGCGACGACCUUGCGACCGAGUUUGCGUUCCUCGCCUGCACGAUAAUGCCAAGUUUCCCGACAUGGGGGACGAGGACAUUGUUGGGCCGAUGGCUGUCUCCCCGGUGGCGGAGAUUGCAGGCCCCUGCCGUCCCAGAUCCUACAAGAAGCGCAACUUCUUCCGCUUCUUUCAAGAUUUGAUGGGUCGAUCUUGA